AUGUUGACAGUGAGAGCAAUUAACCUGGUGCUGUCUGAGAUUGAGGUGCCUUUGACUGGCUCCAGCAUAGACGGCCAACCAGUUCUGAACCUCAGGAGUACCCUGGUGGACCCUGUUGUGGUGGUGGAGCUCAUGGGAAGAGGCUUCCUGAGGUGGCUGGAGGAGGAUAAUCCUGAACUGGGCUACAAUAGGAAUGGCUGGUUGGAUUCUGGGGUCCACAACUUUGACUUCAGCUUUCCUCCACGUAGUCCCUCCACAUUCACCAGAAAAACUGGCUGCAUGUCCUGCUUUAUUCAGUGGACUUGCUGCAGCUGCAAAAUUAAGACACAUGAAAGACACAGUAAGAGGAAAAAGCUAUAUGAAACUAUUGUCUUCAUGACAGAUAUUGCCAAGAGGACAUGCAAGUGUGUUAGAAAGGUCUUUUUUGCUGUACACAGCAUUGUCCUGUAUAGCGGCUUCAGCAGCAGGGGAGAAAAAUGCUCUUUGGAAGAGCGAAGUGACAAGGUUGGAGUGCUGGACAGACAUGGCCUCCUUUGA